AUGUCACGUGGAAUACUCUUUAGAAAUUCUUACCUUAAAAAAAGAGAUAGGUUUUACAACUUUAUCUUUGCAGCCGAACCCAAAUGCAUCCAAGGUCAAGCCUACAGGAACCCAUUUGGCGAUUUUGUCACCUGCAAUACUGGUGCUGGCUGCCCGUCCAAUUAUGAAUGCUACUACGAUGGAGAACAAUGGGGUUGUUGUCCUUCCAAAGCAUUCACCUGCUCUCUCAGUGCUGACCCCGGAGUACAAUGCGGAUCUGGAUCGACAUUCAAAUUCUUCUACAACACGCAAACACAGAAUUGCGAAAGUUUCCAAUACAACGGCUGCGAUGGAAAUUCAAACAAUUUUGCAAACAGGGAAAUGUGUGAACAGUACUGUAGUGUUGGAGGAUGCCCUUAUGGUGGAACCCCACUUCGUGACCAUUCCGGCAUGACGGCGACUUGCUCAACUCAAGAAAAUUGCCCCUCUUCGCACGAAUGUGGUCCUGUGAUCGUUGGAGGCAGUACCAUCAAUCGUUGCUGUCCUACAAGAUCUUACAUGUGUGGUCUUCCACCUCAGCAAGGCACUCAGUGUGGAGCAAACUUCGUGACACGCUAUUAUUUCAACAUUGUCACCGGCCAAUGCACACCGUUCCAGUUUGGAGGAUGUGAUGGAAAUUAUAACAAUUUUUUGACCUCACAACAGUGUCGGAGCUUUUGUUAUAGCAGCUCCUGUCCUGCUGGCAAUGUAGCCUAUGUGGAUCCGAACUCGCAGAUGCCUAUACAGUGUAACGAAGCUCUCAGUAAUAGUUGUCCUAGUGGGUACACUUGCACAUUCAACGCACUGAUCAAUGGUCAUGUAUGCUGUGGGGCUACUGAUAAU